ACAUAGCACACCGACAUCACGCAUUUUUCCAGACACUUCGUGAACAUAUCGUCUGAUAUGGAACAGCAAAAGACUGAAAAAUUUGAACACCUGCCCCUUUCAACCUCUGGGCCCCAGGAGACUACCUUGACGGGCAACGCGCUUCUUCGAACACCCUACUUCAACAAAGGCUCAGCAUUCACCAAAGAAGAGCGCGACACCUUCAAGCUCCAUGGCCUGCUUCCGUCGAAUGUUCAAACUCUCGAUGAACAGGUCAAGCGCGCAUAUGCCCAGUACUGCUCGUGCCCAAGCGAUCUUGCCAAAAACACAUUCAUGACAAGUAUGAAGGAGCAAAACGAGGUGCUUUACUACAAACUCAUCCUCGACCACCUAAAGGAUAUGUUCCCAGUCAUCUAUACUCCGACUGAAGGCGAAGCCAUAGCCGAUUACUCCAAGAUCUUCCGAAAACCCGAAGGCUGCUUUCUCAACAUUGACGAUGUAGAACGUGUCGAGGACGACAUCAAGCAAUGGGGCGAUCCCGAGGACAUUGACCUGAUCGUCGUGAGUGAUGGGCAACAGAUACUGGGAAUUGGAGACCAGGGAGUAGGAGCUAUUCUUAUCAGCAUAGCCAAGCUUGUCAUUUACACGCUAUGCGCUGGCAUUCACCCUUCACGGACUUUACCUGUUGUCCUCGAUUGCGGCACAGAUAAUGAGGAUCUUCUAAACGAUGAGCUUUACCUAGGACUACAAAAGCCGCGAGUUUCUGGCGAGAGAUACGACCAGUUUGUCGACAAGUUUGUCAGAGCUGCACGCAAGCAUUAUCCCAAAGCCUACAUCCACUUUGAAGACUUUGGCUUGGACAAUGCACGAAGAAUCUUGGACAAGUACACGCCCGAGAUUGCAUGCUUCAAUGAUGACGUUCAAGGAACUGGCUGUGUCACGCUUGCAGCUAUCAUGGCAGCCUUCAAAGUGAGCGGGACCAAAUGGGAUGAGGCCCGAUUCGUCAUGUUUGGGUCGGGAUCAGCAGGAACCGGUAUUGCGGACCAGAUACGAGACGCCAUAGUGCAGAAUACGGGAAGGUCGCAAGAUGAAGCUAUCCGUCAAAUAUGGUGUGUCGAUAAGCCAGGUCUCCUCUUGCAAGGCAAAAAAGACAAGCUUACCCCUGCUCAAAUGGCCUUUGCGCGAGAUGACGAGGAAUGGGAAGGCAAAGAUCACGGCGAUUUAUUGUCGGUUGUCAAAGAGGUCAAGCCGCACGUUCUGAUAGGUACUUCGACAAAGCCAGGCGCAUUCACCGAAGACGUCGUUCGGGAAAUGGCCAAGCAUGUUGAACGUCCUGCCAUCUUCCCACUGUCAAACCCCACCAGACUCCAUGAAGCCAAACCCCAGGAUUUAUAUGACUGGACUGACGGCAAGGCUCUUGUAGCCACUGGUUCACCUUUUGAUCCAGUCAAGCACAAUGGCAAGGAGUAUGAUAUUUCCGAAUGCAAUAACUCUGUAACGUUUCCUGGAAUCGGCCUCGGUGCAGUCCUCUGCCGCACUCGCUUGAUGACUCCGGCACUCCUUGUUGCCGCCGUCAAAGCCCUGGCUUCUGCCGCUCCAGUGCUCAAUGACAAAGGAGCCGGCCUCCUCCCAGACGUUGAGGAUGUCCGAGAAAUCAGCGUCCAAAUCGCCAAGAACGUGAUUAAGAAGGCAGUGGAGGAAGAUUUGGCCCAGGAAAAGAAUAUACCCACCGAUGGUGACGAGUUGGAAGAGUGGAUCAGAGAGUAAAUGUGGGACCCAGAGUAUCGGCCUUUGAAGCUGGUCAAGCAUGACAAGGCAACAUCGCAUGCAAAGGGCAAGGCAGGAACAGCGUCGGGUCAGAGACACGGAAAGUUUGAUUCGUAGCUUCAUCGCCGCUUUCUUGGUAAAGUACUAGCCCAAUAAUGACAGUCUAGUAAAUUUGGAUAAGUAACUUUCGAUUUUGUACUUUAAUCAUGCAAAGAAAAACCCAUUCUU